AAAUGCCAUGACGACCGUAAAAAAAUUGACAGUCCUUUUUUUAUAGCCGUCAUUAUCGCACCUGCCUUGGUAACUAUGGAGUUUAGGAAAUUAAUCGUCAUUUCCGUUGCCAUGGUGAUUUGCUGGGGGGUGGGGGGCGCGGAGUUGAAGGUUCUGGACCUCACUUCCUCCCCGGAUUUGACGAAAUUGUCGCCCAGCCAACAACGCCAAUUGAGCCCGAGAUCGGUUAAUUUGUCGUUUUUCGUCCCUGCUUUUUCCUUGUUUGCACUGGCCUCGCAGUUCAUGCCACAGAUGUUCCCUUCCUUAACGACGACGACCUCAUCGAAAAAGCGCUCCGCGCGAGAAAAGCGCUCCACUCUCAACGAAUUCUCCAUGGAAAACUUUAUAAAAAGUGGAAUUGUUUAUUGAAUAAAUUAUUUUUGUCUUUA